GCGCUCUCGACAACCAAAAGGAGAGGAGGGCGAUCCCCGUGGCGGUACGGAUGGUCCUGGACACCAAGCACUUCGUCAAAGAUUACCACCAAGGUUUCGCUCCGACCAACGGUGGUGGAGUCGUCGGGCACGCCCACGUCAACCUGUGCUGCACGCUGCUCGUGAGGGACGGGUGCCCGGAGCUGGUGGCGCCGUACGAGACGGUGACCUUGCCGGCGCAUGCGACGGUGGGCGAGCUCAAGCGGGAGGCGCAGAGGGUGUUCAGGGAGAUGUACCUGGGCCUGAGGACCUUCACGGCCGAGUCCGUGGUCGGGCUCGGCGUCAGCCAGGACGCCUGCCCGGUGCUCGGGCUGGUCGACGUAGGGAGCGCCGUGGUGGUCGAGGGGGCGGUCGGCGAGCAGCGGCAGCAGGAGGAGGUGGGCGCCGACGACCAAGGCAUCCCGCCGGCGAACGAGGGGGUGAUGGCCGUGAGCGAGGGGGGCGGCGACGGCGAGAGGGUCGUGGACUGCGCGUGCGGCGCGGACGACGACGACGGCGAGCGCAUGGCGUGCUGCGACAUCUGCGAGGCGUGGCAGCACACGCGGUGCGCGGGGAUCAAGGACGCCGACGACGCCCCGCACGUCUUCGUCUGCAGCCGCUGCGACAACGACGUGCUGUCGUUCCCUCCUUUAGCUUGAAAAAAAACUGUGUUACAAGCUGCUUCUAUAUAUAGCCGCGGCGG